AUGAAUCCUCCCAAAAAAGACUAUCAAAGCUCUGGUUUUGGUUCCAGAAGUUUCUCGGAUGUUCUCUCAAUACUCUCCACUGCCGCAAGAGGGUAUGUUCCUGGUACGGUUUGCGACUUUCCAAGCCGUAACCAAAUAGGCGCUAAACCAGAUGACCAGUCUCAAGCACUGGAAAGCUCAGGUAAAGAACUCGGAAAGAAUCAGAAACAAGCAAUAUCUAGUGCUAUUAGAUUUUUUGAUUCAGUUAGAGACUCGGCAAGGGAAAAGCUACGAUCCCUCAAGCGUUUCCAUUUUGGAUCUCGCUCGAGCGCUUUGGACGGCGAGAACACGGAAGAGGUCUUUUCAUGCUAUAGACGCUUCAAGUCUCAAAGCAUUAAUCUGAAUCUUCAUCAGAACAGCUGGAGAUCAAAUUCAUCUUCAGAGGAGAACAACUUUGCAAUCGGUGAAGAAGAGUACUUCACCUGCAAUGAGAAUGAAGUCUAUCCACCAGUUUUGAGGCCAGUCAAGGUAGCAAGUCCACAGAGCGCUUCAAAGUCUCAAGCAGUUCAGGGUUUGGAGAAGAGACUCAAUCCCGUCAAUUGCCUAGACUAUGGGGUUGAUAACAUCAUUACCUUCAUGGAUGACAGCGACAGCGAUCGGUCAAUGUUUCUUGAACUCGAGGACGGAAAAGCACAGAAUAACCACACGUCCUCCCUCAGCCCAAUCUCCGCUGCUGGAACUUUGAAUCCUGGCUCAGCUGUAUCCGACAAAUCAAUCCCGUUCGCUCAAAUGAACCAAAACUUCGAUACUUCUGAGAACCCAGUCGUUGAAGAGCUGUGCUCUAGUAUCAGCCGCUAUGUUCCUGCCUUUAAAGAACAAGGGAAUGACGAAGAUUACGAGGUCUCUAAUAACUACUGUUUUGUUGAACAAUCCGAAAAUUAUCCAACCAGAGACCGCCCAUCUUCGCACGACAUCGACUCUCUCAAGUUCAAGGUGAAUCCAGGGACCAUCAAGUUUGACAAAGAAGCUCAACUAAACAUCUACGAUGCUGAGGCUGCAUUAGUAUCACUGGCACCUAUACAGGACGGCAAAAAGCUCAACUCAGGUCGCUCGAUUCUAAAAACAAAGCAGAACUCCAACAUAGAACAGGAAGCCAUGCAGGUAGAAACCGAGACACGCAUGAAUCUCGAGGAUUUCUUAACUGAGCUUGAAAGGCGCGAGUUACAGAGAGUCGGGGUUGAGCCAUACUUGAGCUCAAUUCGGGAAAUUCAGCUCGAGAACUAUUACAACUACGAAUAG